AUCAUCACAAACAGAAUUUUCUGCACACAGAGAUCUGCAAAUUAACCUUGAAAUGCACGAUAAAACGAUCGUUAUAUUUACCAACACAAUCCAUGCAAUAGAUGGGAGGUCAAAUGUGAUAUGAGAAAAACAGAAUUCCUGUUCCUUGCUUGAAUGUGUGGAUGAAUAGUGAAUAGUGUGGAUGAAUGUUGAUACGGGGAUUCAAGUAUUACAGUUUGUGGAGAAGAAUUAUGACCACCCCUUCUCUUCCUUCUCUGAGGACUGCAUAUAAAGUGAUGACACUGGAUCCUGCAUACCACCAUAUUCAAAGUUCAACAGUUUGAGUGUUGAGUUACUUUAUGUGUUGGAUUUGAGUGAGGAAGGAUCCCACUCCAGUGAGUCACCCAAGAGUGUUACAGUUUCAAAGAAUUCUUUGUGAAAGUUUUUGCAUCACUAGAACUCGCUGCCCGGGAUCGGUAACAAUUUUGUUGAAAGUCACGACAAGAAGUUCUCCAGAGAAUUUCUUUGUUCUUUGACAUCAUUCAACCAUGAAUGCAGUAAUAUCUUUGUGUCAUUUCUGCGAGCUUCACGGACCAAGCAUUCUCUUCUGCACCCAAUCCUUUCAUACUGGGGACCAUCAUCAGCAGACGUUAGAUGGGAAGACAGAGCAAGGGGCCUCUGGUCAUCCAUUGUUCCGUCGGUCACGGUCAUCUGAGUCAGGUUCAUCAGCGGCAGGCGGUGAUCAAAAGGCGGGCAGUGCCUCGCAUGCAUCCAAAACAGAACUGUGUGAGGCAUGCAGGUCCUUCCAGCCCGGCCAGCCAAACUUCAUCAGCCAUGACCAUGAAGUGGAUAUCAGUUACAUCAGCACCCAGCAUCCACACAACCCACAGAUCUUCGCUAUGGUCAGACAAGCCUGUAUUAGGAGUCUUAGCUGUGAGGUCUGCCAGGGUCGCGAGGGACCUAUUUUCUUCGGUGAUGAACACCAUGGUUAUGUUCUGAGCUACACCUUCUUCAUUAAAGACAGCCACGCCCGAGGCUUCCAGCGAUGGUACAGCAUUAUCGUAGUCAUGAUGGACCGCAUCUUUCUCCUCAACUCCUGGCCCUUCCUCGUCUCCAACCUUCGCUCCCUGAUCGACGAGCUUCAAGCGAAAGCGGUUGUCGUUUACGAGCAGGAGCAGUCGGACAGACCCCAACGUGCCGAGCGAAUCAACAAUCAAGUCUUUCUCGCCCCGGGGGAUAUCCGGCGGCGAUGUGGGGGAAGCAAGACUUUUAGGUCUCUGCUGGAAUUAACAAGUGAUAAGAACCUUUUUAGAUAUCUGCACAUGGUGCUUGCAUGGAUUCUUAAAGCUGGCGGGAGGAGGUUGACGGAGAAAGUUCUAGAAGGACCUCCAAAGGAAGAGGCUCUCAUAGAUCUGGAUAAUGAAGAAGAAACUGAGGAAGGCUUCAUCAAGGUAUCGACCAUGACAAUGGAUCCUGAUCCAGCAGGAGGGGUAAUGGAUGGUCCAACAGCCGAGCAGGACAGCCGAGAGGAGUGGCAAGAUGGCGGUCCCGUUUUUACUUCACUUCACCAUCUGCGAAAUGUACUCGGCAGUCUGAACUUCCAUGAUUUGGCACACCAUGCUCUUAUAGGCAACCAGAUUAUUGUCCGAUGUCACUUCAAGAGCACACUACGCUCAUUCUUUGAAGUCCUCAAGACUCUCCUACCAGUCGGCUGUUGUCACAUCAUCACACACAGCGACCACUACGAAGAAUCCUUCAAAUGUAACUUCCUGGGCCUCUCCCCAAACACGUCCCUACCGGGUCACGUCAAGUUAUCCGAGUACUACAUCCUCCUUGACAUCAUCAUUCCCAGCCAGUCGCCCAAAGAUAGAGAGAAGGUGAUUGUGGAAGAGUCCGAUCCGUUCUAUGGCUAUGGGAUUUUGAUGAGUAGCACUGGAUCGCUACCAGACAUAGGACCCACGAUCCUGACCAAGAUUCAAAACGUCCUGGACAACGAGAACUUCACUCAGGAGGUUAUCAACGCCUUCCUUGUGGCUCUGAAAGAGGAGUGGAUGAAUAAAGUCAAGCUACUGUUCAAGUUCACCCGUGCUGGUUCCCACACAGACGAGGAAACAGAAAGACUUCUGCUGAUCCUUAAAGCUAAACCAGAGGACAAGAGUUUGUUGAAGUUCUGGAUUACCGGCCUGAGCUCCCAGUAUAGAUCCCACUUACUGACGACGUCAAGUAUGGGUGCUUUAACUACGCUACCUUAACAAUAAGACUAAUUUAAUAUACUCUCACUACACUACCAUAAGACUGCAUUUCAUAAAGAAAAUUGUACAUGUAAUAUGGAGUUGUGGGUUUAUCUCAUGCUGGCCUUGAGAUAACCCAUGACAUCCACAGCUAUUGCCUUGGUGCCCUGUGGUUUUGCUGCGGUGCCCUUUUGCGUAUUUCAUAUUAUACACAUUGACAUUUUCAUCUUGGGGUGCCCCUUAGGGUAGGGUAGCAGAGGAAAUGUGCCGUGCCUUUUCAAGACCGAAGUUCAAGGGCUGCCAUGACCACUUCUUUGAAUUAAAAUAAUCUUCCAGUCUUCAGUAAUGGAAACAAAGAAAUCGGAUUUGCCACUUUUCUAUUGAUGAAGUCGGCAGCUUAAUCUGUUGGACAAGCAUUUUGCAAGAUAGGUUUUGAAUGUCUGGUACAAUGACUUAAUUGGUGUACAAAAAAAACAAAUGGAAUCCCCCAACUGUAAAGAUGUAAAACUGUGAAGGUAUGUAACGUUUUUGGGAUCAGCUUUUGUAUAGCAAUAUCUUAAUAGGCAAAGCUUGGUCCCAGUGUGCCUGAUACACAUUCUUUCAGAAUCGAAAUCUGUGUCUUACGUAUUGCAAAAACCUUGCUCCUAUAGCCAUGCGACAUAGCAACUGUCUUUGAGUUCAAAGAAUUGUACAUAAAAGAAGUACCUGCUCAUGGACACUCAAAAAAUUAAAUAAAAAGUUAUACCUUUUUCAGUGUAAUAUUUAUUUUUAAGCAGAAUUGAAAUUUACUUAAUCAGAUUACUUAAAAUUAUUUUAAUGUUUAUGUUGGACAUAAAUUUAAAAAAUCAAUAAAAUAUUGCAUUUAUACAAGUCCGACUGUUUUCUUGUCUUUUUAAAGCUUUGUUGUGGGACAAACACAAGUUAGAAAGAAAAUUAGUAAGUACUGUUUACAUUAUUAAGCACAAGUACCUAACAAGGGCUGUAGAAGAAGUUAGCGCACACACAUCUACUCAACCCAUAUCUACCUAACUAUAGGAUUUCCCAUUUAAAACACACAAACACUGUUCACCAAAAAUUGACCCAUUCCCACAUAAUAAGAAUGUUUUUUUUCCCAAAAACAGAAGUUGAAGUAUUUUAUAAAAAUAAAUUUUUCAGUGAUACAAUUGCCAAUUCAAAUCGCCUCUGACUGACUUCCACAUACUCUUUGACAAAACAUAAACUGCUUCGCUUUUCUCAAAAAUGUAUUUUAAACCAUAUUUUUGCCCACGAUUUGUUUACAUAUAGUUGAACUUUUUUGUGGUUAUUGAAAACUAGAUUUAAAUGGAUGCUUUUCCAAAAGUAUAUCAAGGUUAUACCUUCAACUUUAAGGUAUAACCUUGAUAUACUUUUGGAAAAGCAUCCAUCCCUUCAAAAAAUCAAAUGAUUAACAAUGAAAUAAUUGCACCACAGAAAAACAUUGAUCUUUAUUUCUAAUAGUAAGUACACAAAAAUUGUUCCCUCUUUUGAAUCAAGCCAAGGAGCAGCUUUACUUCUUCAAGAAAUACUACCACUAAUUGACACAAUAGCAAAUAUGCACUGGACAUUUCCACCUUUCUAUUUGAAAGAUCUUGUAAAAAUGUACACAUUCAGUAUAAAAAAAAUUUAAAAAAACAUCAUAGUGUAGUUUUGAAACACAAUGAAACGAUGAUGACAACUCUUCCUUUCAAAGUCAAUCCUGACAUUAACUGUGCUCUGGCUGUACUAUUCAAUGGAUUACAUUGGUCAAGUUGGUACUGUAAGCAUACAUAUAUCCAUUUCAUGUACCGCUAAACACUGAAAUGUACCACUGGGGGUCAAAGUUGAAAGAUUCUAAAUUUAGAUGCCAGUACAUGUACCUGGGUUUUUUUUAAGAGUCUCAAAUCGUUACAUCAAAUCUCCUGACUAGUGGGACAAACUGUACCACAGGAAGUAUUUUCACAAGUUCAGUUUGAGAACCUACAUUGGGGAAUCAAGGGUACAAGACACUUUGCUCCUUGUCUCCAAUUCAACACUGCUUUACAUUUACCCCAACACCACCAAAUGGUCAUCAACUAUAUGCAGUUUUGAUAAAUUUUGGUGAACAAAGAGCCCAAAUAGCUGCAUGGUCUCACAAGUUUAACAGCUAACAAUUCCUGCAGCAGGUGACAGCCUGCAGGAAACAUUCACAUUUUGCUGGUAAUGAGUCAAAGCAUGUUGGCUGGAAACCAAAUACAAGCUCUCCUAUAUCCCAUGCAGGAUUCAAUGAAGCGGACACAGAAUACAUGUAUAUGUUGUUCUUUGUCUAGGUUACCACAUCAACGUUGUGUUAUACAUAGUAGAAUCUUGCAACUUCAUCAAUGCCUUUGCCCUUUGGAAGGCCCAUGAAGCAGUAGGUCAUGUGUGACAUUUUUCAGUAUUGCACACUCGGACCCUGGAAACAAGUUCACGAUUUCCAGACUGACAGCAAUAUGCUGCUGAAACUCAAAGUCCAUAAUGACAGCUGUAGUAUUUGCUCGAUGUUGAUCAGCAGUGAAAAGGCAGCCAAUCUCCAACACAGGGUACUUCAGCAAAUCAGUACAAGUGUUUCAGUGCGUGAGAACAAAAUGCAGUUGUACACACAUGGCAUCGAGCCUCAUGUUAGCUGACGCGUCUGUGUAAAAUCCAUGUCGGAAUGACAUAGUCCUAAGGCGCUAGACCGAAAAGGUGAAUGGUAUCACCAGGAUCAACACUAGCAUGGACAGCGCCCUCUUCAGUUGGAGCUUAACAAGACUCCAUCAUCGGACAGGUUCUCAGACCUAGUGCCCUGCUACGAAAUGCAGUUGUACACAUAGCAUGGAGCAUACUGUUGGCUGACGGGCCUGUGUUAAUCAAUGUCAUAAUGACCAUUGCACUAGACCGAAUAGGCCAACGGCAUCGCAUUGAUGGCACUAGAGCACGGACAGCGAAUCCACAGUUGGAGCUUAA